AUGAAGCAGAAGAAGUGGAUAACAGUGUGGAAGACAAUGAUGACGAUGACGACAGUGACGGUGGUGAUGAUGAUGAAGAAAGAAGAUGAAGAAGAAGAGAGCGACGAGCAAACAGCCGUGGACGAACUGCAGGCACUGUGUCGGCGGUGCUACCAUUCGUUGCCGUUCGUGGCGCUCUUUCUCAUCUACAUUGCGUACGAACACGCGACUGGUAUUCUGGUGUUUAUUAUCGGCACGAUUGCAGUCAUGGGACUCGACCACCGCAUACGCGAGCAAGUGGCACUAAAGGACAAGGCAAGCGCCUGGCACCUCUUGAGUAUCGUCGCCAUGUGUGCUAUCGAUAUGGCUGUGAUAUGCUUUUUAGACGGCAAGCCGAACCCGCUGCAUCCCUUUUCGCAAAUACUUCAGUCGACGAAGACUCACGGUAGUGAUAACGACAGCCACCUGCUCUCAACUGGCGCCAAUUUUUGGCAAGUGCUCUGGACAGUCCUCGUGAAUGAUUUUCUGGUCCGGUUUUGUAGUAUCGCUGUGAAGGCACUUGUGGCUGGUGCAAAAGCGGACCGCUUUCCGUGCGAAAAAAAGUAUAGGGUUGCGGCGACAGUAGUUGCAGGCGUGCCGCCAGCUAUACCGAUCGAGGAAGAAGUCGUCGAUAGCACUACAGAUGAGACACCACUUACACAACACGCAGUUUCGACGGUAGCUUUCAACCGGCGAAAGCGGAAGCUCUAUGGCAUCAUCGAGAUGUGCUCUAUUUUCCUUCGGUCGCUGCUGGCUAGUAUUCCUUGGUGCAGUUUCUACCAGCUCUGUGCUUCCAAGUUCAUGGCAGAUGUGUUUACGUUCGCUUAUCUCUUGAUCAAGGGCGUAGUACUCGCCACUCAUGGCAGACGUAUAUUCGUAUUGGCACGCUCUCUGGUCACGCUGGGGCUGGAGUUUGGGGUAUACGUCUCGAGCGAUGAGCUGGUGGAAGCAGGAUCGCCUGACUGCUCGAUCUGCUACGAGCCCAUGAACCGGCCUGUGAAGCUUGCAUGCUCGCACAUGUUUUGUGAAGAGUGUGUGGCUGAGUGGUUUGACCACGAGCGUUCGUGCCCCUUGUGCCGAGCCGACGUGGGGUCGUCGAAUUUGACGGAAGCAGAAAACGUCAAGCCUCAAUUUCUGGACGGUCGGACGAGUCUCGUGCCACAGCUUUUGUAG